ACCCCCUUCCCCAUGGCACUCGGAGACCUUCCUCCUUACAGACACUUUUCUCCUCUGGAGCUCUCUUACUGACAUCACAGUCCCCAAAAGAGACAAGGAUCUAGAUCAGGAACCCUGCUACCAAGACACGCAGCAAUAGUUGCGAGAAAAGCAUAGAAUUUGGCAGGACAAGUCCACAAGCCUAAUGAUAGAGACGUUUCUGUAUCUACUGGUUAUGUAACCUCUCUGUUAUACUCAUACACACUGACACUCUCCUACAGAAAAAGCGAUACAGAGUGGGAAGGAGGUCUGCACCAUACAGAUCUCUAUGGAGAUACCCUCUUCAUGCACACACUAUACACAUGCACAUAUAGUCAGAGAGAAAAACAUAUGGUAAUUGUGCUGGUACUCAAAUCUAGAGAGAGAACAGGUUUUUCUUAAGUGAUAGAUUGGAUUACUGGGUCUCAAUAUACCAUCAAAUAUUUGUUUUCUCAGGAAGAGUUGGGAAACGUUGUGGAAUUCUGGAAUCUACAGUAAAAGAACUGAGGAAUAUUUUAAAGCUUGACAGAUGCAUUCCAGACUGGAAAACUGCUGCAUUAUUCCUCCUCCUCCUCCUCCUCCUUCUUUAGAGAACUGACUUCUUAAAACAGAGGUAAGAAAGGAGAAUAAGCUGUAAGAAAAUGCUGGGAUCCGAACGUGGUGUGGUGGAAGAAUGGCUAUCAGAAUUCAAGGCAUUACCUGAAAAUCAAAUCUCCGGUUAUGCAUCAACGUUGCACCGGAAAAAAUCACUGGUGCCAGCUCUUUAUAAGGUUAUUCAGGACCCAAAUAAUGAGCUCCUGGAACCUGUCUGCCACCAGCUCUUUGAACUCUACCGUAGUUCUGAAGUUCGACUCAAGAGGUUCACGCUGCAGUUCCUGCCAGAAUUGAUCUGGGUUUAUCUGCGUCUUACUGCCAGCAGGGACAGACAGAGUAAUGGUUGCAUUGAAGCACUGCUUCUUGGGAUUUACAAUUUGGAAAUUGCUGACAAAGAUGGGAACAACAAAGUUUUAUCUUUCACCAUCCCUUCAUUAUCCAAGCCGUCAAUAUACCAUGAGCCUUCUACUAUUGGAUCCAUGGCUUUGACUGAGGGAGCCCUGUGUCAACAUGACCUCAUCAGGGUGGUUUAUAGUGAUCUUCAUCCUCAGAGAGAAACAUUCACUGCACAGAACAGGUUUGAGGUGCUCGGCUUUCUCAUGCUGUGCUACAACUCUGCUAUUGUCUACAUGCCUGCCUCCUCCUAUCAGUCACUUUGCAGGAUGGGUUCCAGGCUUUGUGUGAGUGGAUUUCCUCGGCAGCAUGAGAAACGCUGGAAAGAAUUCUGUAACAGAGUGGUACUAGAUCCUGACUUCAUGGUGCAACUGCUCACAGGUGUCUAUUAUGCCAUAUAUAAUGGACAGUGGGGUCUUGGCCAGGAGGUAUUGGAUGACAUAAUUUACAGAGCACAGCUUGAACUUUACUCUCAGCCACUGCUGGUUGCGAAUGCCAUGAAGAACUCGUUGCCCUUUGAUGCCCCUGAUAUGUCGCAAGAAGGCCAGAAGGUACUGAAGGUGGAGGUUACUCCUACAGUGCCCAGGAUCUCUCGGACUGCCAUUACGACAGCUUCCAUCCGCCGCCAUCGCUGGAGGAGAGAAGAUACUGAGGGUGUAAAUGGAAGAGAGGAAUCCGUGAACUUCAAUGAUGCUGACGAAGGAUUUUCAUCAGGAGCUUCCCUUAGUAGCCAGCCAGUUGGGACCAAGCCUCUAUCGUCCACAUCCCAGAGGGGCAGUUUAAGGAAAGCAGCAAGUGGGCGUUCAGCUAAGGAUAAAGAAACAUCAUCUGCCACUAAAUCCAAUGAGAGCCCUCGAGAUUUAGUAGCUCGGAAGCAGUACCUGCACCAACCAACUGACCUUACUGCAGAAACAAUUGAGAUGACACCUACAAAGAAACACCUCAGCUUGCCUGCUGGGCAGGUGGUACCAAAAGCCAGUAGCUUGAGCCUGAUCCGGACCGCCAGUACUUCCUCCAGUAAAUCAUUUGACUAUGUGAAUGGUGGUCAAGCAGCUUCCAUUGUUGGGGUUGGCACUGAGGGUGUUACUAAUCUAGCAGCUGGCAAUUCCAAUCGGUUUUCAACUAUCAGUCUACAGGAGGACCGGCUAGGCCAAGCUGGGGAAGGUAAAGAUCUCCUUACCCCAGGGGCUCCCCUUACCAAGCAGUCUCGAUCCCCAAGUUUCAAUAUGCAGCUGAUAUCCCAGGUGUAGCUUUGACUCCCCUCUUCCUCUUUAACCAACAGACAGUUCAUCCUUGGGCAAAAACAAGAACCUUCAUCCCACAGUGUGAAAAUACUGACCAUUGUGAUCUCAUUUGAUUCAGUUUAGAUAUCAUCCUGUAUUUUGUAUGAAACAGCAAUAAAUCUCCCCUCACCCCCAGUCCCUACCCCUUGUGAACAUGGUUGUGAAGCAGUAUAAAAUGUACUGUAUGCCUUUUCCACACCUUCCUUUCUCCUUGGGUGAUGUGCAAUCCAUCGUAGGCUGAUCAGUCCCAUUUCAACACUGUGAGACUGGUGAUACUGGAGGAAAUGGUGAAUGUGAUCCCUAUGAGAUGAUGCUUUGCUUUGUUAAGAAAUAGAAACGGGUUAGUUUUAUCAGUCUACAGUACUGCAAAGACUACUGGAUCAUGAUUUUUCUUAGAACCAGGAGUGCCUCAGAGAUUCUAAUGUGACUUUGGACCUCUCUGAGUUUGUGCAAUCAGUUCUGGGGGAGGGGAAUGUCAUUGUUGCUCCUGGCUGACCAAUGCACUUUUCCAUUAAAAUGAGAAUUGUUCUUUUCCUUCCCCACCCUCACACCUCCACUCUCCUACUUCUGAAACUCUUCCUGUUCAACAGUGGAGACAUGCCUAUUACCAAGUCGUUGCCCCUCAGAUAAAGAGAGGCCUGUAAGUAGAGAACGUAGGUCACAGUGUACUACUUAUGGCGUUGUAGCCAUAUUUGUUAUAUGUCUUCCCCUCCAGGACACAGGGUCAUUCCGCUUACACACUGGAAUUUGGAAAGGCCAGACCUGUUGAAAUAAUUCAAAAGUGGGAAGG